AUGGAAACGUCAACGAGCAACAAUAUUGCUAGCACUAGCUCCGCUCGUCCGCCGUCGAGUACGAGUUCGCCAGUAACCAGUUCGCACGUGUCAGCGAUUCAAACGAGCAAUGCGGGUUCUUUACCAGUCGCUAACAUCGUCAACGACGUGGUUCAAGCGCUUCAAUGUAGCUUGGAAGGCCUUGUUCAGUCCGCCAUUGAUGCUCGUUUGUCCGUCUCGUCAACCGCAGCAGUCGCAAACAACGCUGGGCAGUUCUCGUCUCGUCCAGCAAAUAACCUCGCUGAGAAUGCUCCCCCAAACAAUUUGGAAUCGCAGACCGCAAAUUACGAAACCGUUCAUCCAGCUGAUGGUAUGGUUAGUGGUGUUAAUGCUCAUUUAACUGACGCCAGAG